CUUUUGCGCUUUCAAAUCUAACGGUUCGUUUUGAAAUUAAAACGGUAGUAGUGUGCGUUUGAAAUUAAAAAAAAAUAAAAAUUUUAAACAAAAUUUCUAACUUCAAUCUAAAAUAUUUUUGUUUCUAGUAUUAAAAAAGUUGCAAUCAUAAUCAUUCGUUCUUUAGUAAAAUUGAAUUCUCAUUGUUUAGUUCAUUUGGCUGUGUUGUGCUGUGCUAAAACUUUAAAAAGUGUUGAAUUUAAAGCCGAAAUUUUUAUUGUUAAAUAUUUUAUUUUAGAAGUUAAAGUAAUUUCCAAGGAAAUUGUAUUGUGCAGUUCUUCAAUAGCUGACUUCUUACCAAAUCCAGCGAAAUACUUAUUUAACAUAACUCCUCAAGUACUGUAAAAAUGGGAAAAACUCAAAGUAAACGUUCAGUUGAUAUUACCACCGAGACCAAAAAAGGUCCAGAAGAAGAAGUAACUGGAAAAUUAGAAAAAAUUGAAGAUAUUGACCAAAAGCAAGCUAAUGGGGAUGCAACUCCACAAGAAAAUAUUGAUGCUGAGAAAAAGGAACACGAUGAAUCUGAAAACGAUAAAGACUUAACAACCGAAAAAAGCGGUGAAGCUGCACAGGCUGGUGGUGACAAUGCAAGCGAAAACAAUACUAGCUCUCCAGUAGUGGAACCAGGAAAAGACGAAUCUGCUACACCAAAGGAAGGUGCAGCAACUGAAGAAAUUUCGCCAUUAUCCGACGAUAGCAUGAAAAAAGCGAAGAAGGAAAAACAGAAAAGGAAAUGGUCUUUCCGUAGCAUCUCUUUUGGCAAAAAGGACAAACAAAAGCCAAGCAAAACGGAGGAAGCAACUGAGAAUGUUGCCGCUGCUACAAAUGGUGAUGCCGAAAAAAGUGCUACUGAUGAAGUGAGCGAAAGUAAGAAUGAAGGUGCCGAAGGUGCUGUUGCAAGCGACGUUGAAGCUAAGGGAAGUGAUGAGAAACUUGAGAAUGGUAAUGCCACUGAGAGUGAGCUGAAUGGACAAAAAACGCCAAUAUCAACACCAACUGGCGAGAAACCGGACGAAGCCAUUGUCAUUGAAAGCACCACCAAUGCAACCACCGAUACAACCAAUGCUAAUGUGCCUGCGGCUACUAACGAAACUGCCACUCAAAUACAAACUAAAACUGCCACCAAUACCGUAGAUGUUGUUGAAGCCACUGUUAUUGCAGCGACCAUAAGUAAUGGUGUCGAUGCAUCUGCAGUAGAGAAGAAUGUUGUUGCUGAAGUUUUGACUACUGAAGAAAACACUGAAAAAUCGAUAGACAAAGCGGAAACUGAAGUGUCUGCUGCUCUCACCGAAAACAUUAAAACCAUUCCAAAUGUAAUAAACGAAGAGAAACCUCAUCAAAAUGGUACGAACGCAGUUGAUGAAACUGAAGCUGAUGCUGAAAAAUCCAAGUCGCAAAUUGAGGUAAACACCAGCAUUGAUAAUAUAAACACUACACAAAAUAUACCUUCCUUCCAAACUACUAUGACCACUACCUCAUCCGACCCUUACGCCCAAACCAUUAAUACAAAUAAUGCAAGCGAUGUAAUUAAUGAAGUAGAAACAGUUAAAACUGUUGUCGACACCAUGACAAGUGUUGAUGAUGCAGCUGCCAAUGUUAUUGUCGCGGCAACGGAUGUUGAUAUUGAAAAUAUUAAGCCUAAUGUUGAUAAUAAGCUCAAUUCUCAAUAUGAUACCCAACCUCCUCCUUUACCCAUAUCCCCUCCACCGUCACAUGUCUCGGUUUUUGCAUUCAAAAACAAUUCAGAAACUGAUGAAAUUUCAACUGAGCAAACUAUUGCGGUCAACACAAUGUCGCCAGAGACAUCACCACCCUGCGAGCAAUUUGAAACAAAAAUUGAAACAGUAGCAGCAGAAGUCAAAACGUUGUUGGAUAUUGGAUCUAAUAUUGACCAAGCUGAGGUUAACGCUCAUGUUAACGAUGAGGUUAACACUGAGGUAACCGCGGAGUCAAACGCACCUGUGAUACAUACUAACGAACAAAAACUUGAAGCAACAAAUAUUCAGGUUACAAGUGAAUUAAAUGUAAAUAGCAUUAUCAGUGAUGAUACCACCAAUGUUUUGCCAGAACCACAAGAAGAUUUGAGUAAACAAAUCGAACAAACCGAACAAUCUGAAGAAUGUGUUAGCAAGGUUGUUGAUGUUGUUACGAAAGAAGAAGCAGAUGAUGAAUUACUGGCUGAAAAACUCACCAUCAAUACUAAGUGCUUACUACAAGCUAUUUUAACGGAUGGAGAUAUCGAAAAUCCAAAGGAAAUACAACAAGUUAUACCAAUUUUAGCAGCUGAACUUAGUAAACUAUCGGCUGGUCCACAAGUAGAACCUACAAUAAUUGAUCCAAAUGUUGAAAUUGAACAAAUUCAACAAAUUGAAGAAAUUGAGCAAGAAGUUCCAACAGCUGAUACAACCGCUAAUAUAAAUGAAUCGACUGAAGAAAAACAUAAUGUUACAGAUCUAUAUCAGGCGGAUGUAACAGCUGUAAUUGAAGAAGAAAUCCCAACUGAAACAAAUGAAACUAAGGCUGCUUUUAUGGAAAACAAUGUUAAAUUAUCCGAUAAACCUUUAAUUGUAAGUACUGAACAAAUUCGGGAAAUUCAAUUAGUUGUUGAUGAUGUCACUGAACAAGCAGUAGAAGAGAUUGAGCGUAAACUACGUGAGCAAAACAAAGAACUUAUUGCAGAGGAAAAUAUCCCAUUAUCAUCAUGCUCUCAAUUUGUUGAUAUCCAAACGAAACUUCCUUCUCCUGAUAAGAACGAAAUUUUGGUUGAUUAUGUGGAUGAUGUGCUAGCAGAUUUCGAUUCAAAUCAAGAGAAACAAGAAACUGAUUUAGUUGUGCCAACUAUUGUGGCCGAAAAUUUAGAAACACAAAAUAUUAUUCCAAAUGUAGCAGCGGAAGUAAUUCCUGAAACAAAGCAAACAGUUGGAGGUAUCGAUGAUUCGCUUGUGAGUCAAAUCGAAAAGCUUUCACUUAGCAAAGAUGAAGACGGAGAGUGUAAAGAAAGUAAUACGGAACUUGAAAAUAAUAUUGUUAAUGUUACCCAGGAAAUUGCGCCUAUUUCCUUAACAAAGGAAGUUGCUAACGUCAAGGAGUUGAAGGAGAACGCUGCGGCAGAAAAUACAACACAGGAUCUUCCAGUUACAUGCGAAUAAUCCUACUGAUAAAUAUAAUUAUUAUAAUAUAUUAAAUAAAAACAAAAUAAAGAUUAAAAAUGAGCAAGAGGAAGUAAGAAAGCAAAGAAGGAGGAAAGAACAAAAGAGAGAUAAAAUACAUUUUUAACAUUUACAUAUUUUAAUCAUUUUGUACAACUUCAUAUCCCUAAUCCAAGAUUAUUGCAAAAUAAAGUAUACACAUAAUUUCUAAAUA